GCCACGACGUGGUCGUGCUGCACCAGUUCGCGCGCGCCGCCAUCUCGCCCAACUUGUCGCCGUUCGCGCUCAAGGUGGAGACGUUCCUGCGCAUGGCCGGCUUCCAGUACGUGGUGGACACGAGCAAGCCGCUCGGCCCCAAGGGCAAGUGCCCCUGGAUCACGGUCAACGGCGUCGACGUGACCGACUCGGAGCUGAUCAUAGAGCACCUGUUGACGCUGCGACCGCAUGCGCUGCCGGCGUACCGGGCGCUGACACCGCAGCAGCACGCGCUCGGCCGCGUCGUCCAGGUGGCGCUGGACGAGCACCUGGUCCUGGCCGUGGCUGCACACCGCUUCGUCGUCGACGGCAUGCGCCACCUGGUGCCGAUGAUGGCGCCGCGCUACCGGCGCCGCUACCGGCUGCUGCGGCCGCUGGCGGCGCUCUGGGCGACGGCCAGCUUCCGCAGCAUCGGCUGGGACCGCGACCGGGAGGAGCUGGUCGCGCUGAUGCACCGUGACCUGACCGCCCUCGCCGAUCUGCUCGGCGACAGGCCGUACCUGCUCGGCGACGAGGUGACGCCGUACGACGCGGCCGUGUUCGGUCAGCUGACGCAGCUGAUGACCGGCUGCGCGCCGGCGGUGGGCGGGCUGGUGUGCGAGUUCCCCAGCCUGGUGCGCUACUUUGAGCGGCUGCGAGCGCGCUUCUGGCCCGACUGGGCCCACUGCCUGUCGCCCUGAUCGGCGCUGCCCGGCUGCGGCUGCUAGGAGCGAACAGCGGGCGCUGCUGCGUGGCGAUGAUUUUUCGGCCGGCUCACGCUCUCGCGGCCGUCCGCCGUCCGCUUAGCAGGUUAUGAGUCGUGAGUGGAAUGCAUCCACAGCUGUAGAAAGCCUCAAAGAGGCCAGGCGCAGGGUAGUAGUAUGCAUCGGUGUAUAUGCGGAUGCAGUGUUGUAGCUUUGCUUUUCCAUAUCAACCAGGAACAACAAUCAAGUUGUCAAGUCUACGCAACAUUGCGCGAAAUAAACGGGCUGCUGACAAGUAUAUUGAAACUUAAGUUUCAUUCAAAUUUGCAGACAUCACGCAAUUACGUGAUGUCUGCAAAUCUGAAUGCACACUAUCAACAUGCGUUGAUCUCAAAUGAACUGUAUGAUGUU